AUGAAAGUCCCUUGCUGCUCAGUGUGCCAGAACCGCUACAAUGAGGAAGAGAGGGUUCCUCUGCUGCUUCAAUGCGGCCAUGGGUUUUGCAAGGAAUGCUUGUCCAGAAUGUUCUCUGCUUCCCAAGACACAACCCUCGUCUGCCCUCGCUGCCGCCAUGUCUCCGUGGUUGGGAACUCGGUUCACGCCUUGCGGAAGAACUACGCCGUCCUUGCUCUUCUUCACUCCCCUUCCUCAGCUGCCAUGGCACCCAAUUUCGACUGCGAUUACACGGAUGAUGAUGACGACGAGGAUGAAGGAGGAAAUGAAGAGGAAAAUGAGGCGGAGAGAUGCAGCCGAGGCUCUCAUGCUUCCAGCUCCGGUACCUGCGGGAGGCUGAUUGAAGUCGGGGUUCAUCAGGAGGUGAAGUUGGUAAAGAAGAUUGGGGAGGGGCGGAGAGCUGGAGCGGAGACUUGGGCGGCAGUGAUUGGCGGUAGCGGCCUUGCCGGUACCGGAAAGUGUAAGCAUCGUGUGGCGGUGAAGAAGGUGGAGGUCGGUGAAGGGGUGGAGGUGGAGUGGGUGCAUGCUCAGCUGGAGAAUUUGCGGCGAGCUUCAAUGUGGUGCAGAAAUGUGUGUACUUUCCAUGGCGUUGUCAAAGUGGAUGGAUGUAUAGGGAUCGUGAUGGAUAGAUGUUGCGGGUCUGUUCAGUCCGAGAUGCAGCAGAAUGAAGGAAGGCUCACUCUAGAACAAAUUCUAAGAUAUGGAGCAGACGUUGCACGUGGGGUUGCUGAACUUCACGCAGCAGGUGUUGUGUGCAUGAAUUUAAAGCCAUCCAAUCUUCUUUUGGAUCCAAGUGGCCGCGCUGUAGUUUCCGAUUAUGGAUUUGCUUCCAUCUUAAAAAAACCAUCUUGCCGGAAAGCUAGAGGAGAAUGUGAUUCUGCCAAAAUCCAUUCCUGCAUGGACUGUACAAUGCUCAGCCCACACUACACGGCACCAGAGGCUUGGGAGCCGGUCAAGAAGUCUCUGAAUCUUUUCUGGGAUGAUGCAAUUGGCAUAUCUGCUGAGUCAGAUGCCUGGAAUUUUGGCUGUACAUUAGUAGAGAUGUGCACUGGUUCCGUUCCGUGGGCUGGUCUGAGUGCAGAGGAAAUUUAUAGGGCUGUUGUUAAAGCUCGAAAACUGCCUCCUCAGUAUGCCAGUGUAGUAGGUGUUGGAAUUCCUAGAGAAUUAUGGAAAAUGAUCGGUGAAUGCUUACAGUUCAAACCAUCAAGGAGGCCAACUUUUAAUGCAAUGUUAGCAAUAUUCCUCCGUCAUCUGCAGGAGUUGCCACGUAGUCCUCCUGCAAGUCCUGAUAAUAAUUAUCUACAAACCCAUGGCUCGAAUGUAACUGAACCAUCCCCACCAUCCGACUUGGAUGUUUUACCAGACAAUCCAAGCCAUCUACAUCAGCUCGUGGGUGAAGGGAAUGUCAUUGGUGUUAGAGAUCUACUAGCAAAGGCUGCUUCAGGAAAUAGUGGUGAUUCAGUAUACAGACUUCUAGAAGCACAGAAUGCUGAUGGUCAAACAGCACUUCACCUGGCUUGUAGGCGUGGUAGUGCAGACCUUGUUCGGGCCAUACUGGAGUACCGUGAGGCAAAUGUUGAUAUCCUGGACAAGGAUGGUGACCCACCCCUUGUAUUUGCUUUAGCUGCUGGAUCCCCAGGAUGUGUGCAUGCUCUAAUUGGGAGAGGCGCUAAUGUCAGAUCCCGAUUAAGGGAAGGUUUUGGUCCAUCUGUCGCUCAUGUUUGUGCCUACCAUGGCCAACCUGAUUGCAUGCGUGAGCUGUUACUUGCUGGAGCUGAUCCUAAUGCAGUGGACGAUGAAGGUGAAUCUGUUCUACAUAGAGCCCUUGCUAAGAGAUAUACUGAUUGUGCCAUUGUUAUACUGGAACAUGGUGGCAGUGGAUCAAUGGCUUUUGUAAACUCAAAAAAUUUGACGCCAUUGCACUUGAGUGUUGCAACAUGGAAUGUCACUGUUGUCAGAAAGUGGGUGGAAGUUGCCUCCCCUGAAGAAAUUGCUGAGGCUGUUGAUAUACCAAGCCCAGUUGGAACUGCUCUGUGUAUGGCUGCAAGUUCCAAGAAAGAUCAUGAAAUUGAAGGGAGACAACUAGUGCAAAUUUUGCUUGCGGCUGGAGCAGACCCAACUACUCAAGAUGCACCUCAUGGGCGAACAGCCUUGCACACAGCUGCUAUGGCUAACAAUGUUGAGUUGGUAAAGAUAAUUCUGGAUGCUGGAGUUGAUGUGAACAUCAGGAACAUGCAUAACACUAUACCUCUCCAUGUAGCUCUGGCCAGAGGAGCAAAAUCAUGUGUCGGAAUACUCUUAAAUGCUGGGGCAAAUUGCAACAUUCAGGAUGAUGAAGGUGACAACGCUUUCCAUAUUGCUGCUGAUGCUGCAAAAAUGAUUCGUGAAAAUCUUGAAUGGCUAAUUAUAAUGCUCAGGAAUCUUGAUGCAGCCGUUGAAGCUAGAAACCACAGUGGCAAGACAUUAAGAGAUUAUUUGGAAACCUUACCGCGGGAAUGGAUUUCUGAAGACCUGAUGGAGGCACUUCUGGUGAGGGGAGUAUAUUUGUCUCCUACAAUAUUUGAAGUGGGAGAUUGGGUGAAGUUUAAAAGAAGUUUGACUACUCCUGCAAAUGGGUGGCAAGGCGCAAAACACAAGAGUGUGGGGUUUGUUCAGACAGUUGUAGACAAGGAAAAUCUUGUUGUUUCAUUCUGCACAGGGGAGUCUCAUGUAUUAGCAAGUGAAGUGUGGAAGGUUAUACCUCUGGACCGUGGUCAGCAUGUCAAGCUGAAAACAGAUGUCAAAGAGCCAAGAUUUGGAUGGCGUGGUCAGUUACGUGACAGCAUUGGAACUGUACUUUGUGUUGAUGAUGAUGGGAUUCUGCGGGUUGGAUUCCCGGGAGCAUCUCGAGGCUGGAAAGCUGACCCUGCUGAGAUGGAAAGGGUUGAAGAAUUCAAGGUUGGUGACUGGGUUCGUAUUCGCCCCUCACUAACAACAGCCAAGCAUGGUUUAGGAUCAGUAACGCCAGGAAGCAUUGGCAUUGUCUAUUGCAUUAGACCGGAUGGUAGUCUUUAUCUGGAGCUGAGUUAUCUUCCACAGCCAUGGCAUUGUGAACCAGAGGAAGUCGAAGCUGUUUCUCCUUUCAGGAUUGGUGACCGGGUAUGUGUGAAGCGUUCUGUUGCUGAACCUAGAUAUGCUUGGGGUGGUGAGACUCAUCACAGUGUGGGAAGGAUUAGUGAGAUAGAAAAUGAUGGUCUAUUAGUAAUUGAAAUACCAAAUCGACCUAUACCCUGGCAAGCUGAUCCAUCGGACAUGGAAAAAGUUGAGGAUUUCAAGGUUGGAGAUUGGGUCAGGGUGAAGGCUUCAGUUUCUGCUCCGAUAUAUGGAUGGGAGGAUGUUUCACGGAACAGCAUUGGUGUGAUUCACAGUUUAGAAGAUGAUGGCAACAUUGGUGUUGCUUUCUGUUUCAGAAGCAAGCCCUUCUCUUGCUCUGUGACAGAUGUGGAGAAGGUCCCUCCCUUUGAGCUAGGACAAGAAGUACGGGUGAUGCCAUCUGUUGCUCAGCCACGACUUGGGUGGUCAAACGAAAAUCCUGCAACUGUUGGCAAAAUUGCAAGAAUUGACAUGGAUGGAACUUUGAACGUAAGAGUUGCUGGCAGACGAGGUUUAUGGAAAAUGUCUCCUGGAGAUGCAGAACGACUCUCGGGAUUUGAAGUUGGUGACUGGGUACGGUCCAAACCAAGCCUAGGGACAAGACCAAGUUACGAUUGGAAUACUAUCGGGAAGGAAAGUUUAGCUGUGGUGCAUAGUGUGCAGGAGAACGGCUAUCUGGAUCUAGCUUGCUGUUUCCGAAAAGGAAGGUGGAGUACUCACUACACAGAUGUUGAAAAGGUUCCAAGUUUCAAAGUAGGGCAGAAUGUUCGGUUCCGAACUGGACUGGUCGAACCAAGGUGGGGUUGGAGAGGUGCUCAGCCUGAUUCACGAGGCAUAUUAACCAGUGUUCAUGCUGAUGGAGAAGUUAUGGUUGCUUUCUUUGGGCUAUCAGGUCUAUGGAGAGGUGAUCCUGCAGAUCUGGAGACUGAGCAACUGUUUGAAGUGGGUGAAUGGGUGAGAUUGAAGGAAGAUGGAAGCAUUUGGAAGUCCAUUGCCCCAGGAUGUGUUGGUAUUGUCCAGGGUAUAGGUUACGACGGCGGGGAUAAAUGGGAUGGAACUACUUAUGUCGGGUUUUGCGGUGAACAAGAAAAAUGGGUGGGCCCUAGUUCUCAUCUGGAAAGAGUGCAGAGACUGGUAGUUGGCCAGAAAGUUAGGGUCAAACUCUCUGUUAAACAGCCCAGAUUUGGCUGGUCAGGCCAUAAUCAUGGAAGUAUUGGAACAAUAGCAGCUAUUGAUGCUGAUGGGAAGUUGAGAAUAUAUACGCCAGCGGGUUUAAAGACUUGGAUGCUUGAUCCUUCAGAAGUGGAACAGGUCGAGGAGGAGGAACUUCAAAUUGGGGACUGGGUUAAGGUUAAGAAAUCGGUUUCAACCCCAAGUCACCAGUGGGGGGAGGUGAAUCAUUCAAGCAUAGGAGUGGUGCAUCGGAUGGAUGAUGGGGAGCUAUGGGUUGCAUUUUGCUUCGUGGAGAGGCUAUGGCUAUGCAAGGCAUGGGAAAUGGAAAGAAUUAGAGCAUUCAAGAUAGGGGACAAGGUUAGGAUCCGAGAUGGACUGGUCAGCCCUAGGUGGGGAUGGGGAAUGGAGACUCAUGCAAGUAAAGGCCAGGUGGUUGGAGUUGAUGCAAAUGGCAAGUUGAGAAUUAAGUUCCAAUGGAGAGAAGGGAGGCCAUGGAUUGGGGAUCCUGCUGAUAUUGCCCUUGACGAGAGUUAA